UUUGUCUCUUAGCAAAUGGCGGAUGACGCCGGUGCAGCGGGAGGGCCCGGAGGACCCGGGGGCCCGGGCCUGGGAGGCCGCGGCGGCUUCCGUGGAGGUUUCGGCAGCGGUCUCCGGGGUCGCGGUCGUGGGCGUGGCCGUGGUCGGGGCCGAGGCCGCGGGGCUCGUGGAGGCAAAGCCGAAGACAAGGAGUGGAUCCCCGUGACUAAGCUGGGACGCCUGGUCAAAGACAUGAAGAUCAAGUCCCUGGAGGAGAUCUAUCUGUUCUCCCUGCCCAUCAAGGAGUCUGAGAUUAUUGAUUUCUUCUUGGGCGCGUCCCUUAAGGAUGAAGUUUUGAAGAUCAUGCCAGUGCAAAAGCAGACUCGCGCUGGUCAGCGUACCAGGUUCAAGGCUUUUGUCGCCAUUGGGGACUACAACGGUCACGUCGGCCUGGGUGUCAAGUGCUCUAAGGAGGUAGCCACUGCCAUUCGAGGGGCCAUCAUCUUGGCCAAGCUCUCCAUUGUGCCUGUCCGGAGAGGCUACUGGGGGAACAAGAUCGGCAAGCCCCACACAGUCCCCUGUAAAGUGACAGGCCGCUGUGGUUCUGUGCUGGUGCGCCUUAUCCCUGCCCCUAGGGGCACUGGCAUUGUCUCUGCCCCCGUGCCCAAGAAGCUGCUGAUGAUGGCUGGUAUUGAUGACUGCUACACUUCAGCCAGGGGCUGCACUGCCACCCUGGGCAACUUUGCUAAGGCCACUUUUGACGCCAUCUCUAAGACCUACAGCUAUUUGACCCCCGACCUCUGGAAAGAGACUGUGUUCACCAAGUCUCCUUACCAGGAAUUCACUGACCAUCUUGUGAAAACCCACACCAGAGUCUCAGUGCAGAGGACCCAGGCUCCAGCUGUGGCUACCACAUAAGGGUUUUAUACAGAAAAAAAAUAAAAGUGGAUUAAGCCUGC